UUGCCAGUUGUAUGACAGUCGUAGAACCGCACGCACGCAAUCGAAGUUGAUCGAAGAUCCCUUGCUCUCGUCGUUUCCUAGUUUUAUGUUGUUUGCGCCUAGAGUAGCGUUUGUUCCGAUGUGUCCAAUUGUUGUCGCACCCGCUGCCGUCGAUGUCGUUGUCUGUUGUGUAGUAGUGAGCAGUGGAGAUCGUGUGGCGUGUACCGGGAGAUAAGAGUUAUCGAUUUUCUUCAACCCCGGGUGUUGUGUAUGUCAGAAAGAGGGAAAUUGCGUGAAAUUGCUUCUUGGAUGGUAACACUUUAAGAAGAUUAAACAAACGGAGAAGCGCAGUGAUUUUACGAAAAAACAGUGCGAGUGUUUUGGAAGAUCCUCUUUGGGAAGAAAUAUUGGAUAGAAGUGCAAGGUGUUUGACCAAUACCGAAUUGGCUGAUGUGUGGAAACAUUUAGAACGAGAACAGCUAAGAUUUAUGUUAAAAUCAUCAGGAAUGACUGUAACUCCGAUACGAAUGGCGAUGACCAGCCCGACGGUUCCCGCGCAACAGAAGAGUGCCUCGCGGAUCAGUAACUUUAGUGUGGCGUCGCUGUUGGCCGAUACGCGGCCUAAGACGCCAUCGAGUGUGACGUCUAUUACGGAAGUGCUGCUGCCGGCUAAUCUCUCCCAUGCGAGCAGUUCCCCCCGAUCGGCCCAUGAUAGCGGAUCGCUCAAAAAUGAUUUGGACCGGUCGGACACUCCACAUAGCUUGAUGGAAUCUGAUGAUUACGACUCGAACCAGGAGGACUCGAUAGUGGACAUAGAGGAUAUCAACAAUGAAAACAGUAGUUCACAGCCGGGCCUACCGGAUAAAAGUUCCCCAGCACUCCUGCAGCAAUCGGCGGCUCUGGCAGCCGCUGGACAUGUUCCUAUCCGACCGACACCGUUCAGUGCCCUGGCAGCAGCAGCGGCGGCAUGGGGUGGCAUGAGUGGUGGUAUGCCAUGGCCAGCGGCCGCAGCCCGACAGAUGCCUCCGUUCGGUCCGCCCGGUCUGUUCCCUGGACAGGGUUUCGGAUCGGGACAAUUAGGUGGAGCUUGCAGACAACUUGUGCAUGCACUUUUUGAUAACGAACCCCCACGCAUCAAGUGCAACCUGCGGAAGCAUAAACCGAACCGCAAACCCCGCACCCCCUUCACCACCCAGCAGCUGCUAUCGCUCGAGAAGAAGUUCCGCGAGAAGCAGUACCUCAGCAUAGCGGAACGGGCCGAGUUCAGUUCGUCGCUCAGGCUCACCGAAACCCAAGUCAAAAUCUGGUUCCAGAACCGACGGGCGAAGGCGAAACGACUGCAAGAGGCCGAACUGGAAAAGAUCAAAAUGGCAGCCCUCGGACGAGCACCCGGUGCCCAGCUGUACAUGGGCUACUUCCAUCCCAGCCUGAUGGGCGGGGCGAUGCAUUUAGGUUGAGAUCAACUUUCAACCGCCUCACCCCUCGCUAGUAUGACUGUCGUGUUCCAAAGCAAGCAACCAUCCUGUUCUGUGAAUAUUAGCCUGUAGGAUCUCGCGUAUUGUAAAAAGUAUCUCGAUCAACAAAACCAAAUUAUUAUUACUUUUCUCCCCUACGGUAAUCCUCCGUACAGCAAACGAGUCUCUCUCACCCAGCCAGAAAGGGUGUAACAAAUAUGUAAAUGAAGAAAUGUAGCAAAAGUUCGUUCAGGUAGCGCAGGGGCUCACUUCACUCUCUAUUUAUUACCACCACCUAAAUAUUCAUUUUCGAGCUUCAGUUGAAAAGUUUCGGUUCUUCCAUCCUCUCCUCGACAGAGGAAUAUAAAAACGAUCCAAAUAUACAAACAGAAACCAAGUCAGUUAGUCAGCUGUUAUUUACCUAUCUUAAUUUAAAUUCGAACAAAAACUAAAAAUCGGUCGCGAGGACAGAGUGCCAGGCUGUAAAUAUUAGACCAAUCAGGCUGAAAAGGAAAACGGUUCGGAAAACAAUUAAUUUCAGCACUUUGCUCGUCACUCUGAGAGCUCACGCAUUCGAAGAUUCGGUGAUCCAUGAGGAGAGUGUACCAAACAAAACAGAAAAGGCGUGUAAAUAUUUUCGCUCCAGGCAAUGAGCAGAAAAGUGAGGUUAUUAUCUGACUUAAUUGUUGUCAAACACUGAGAUGAAUAAAUUACCGGCACAAAACAACAAAACGAAGCAAAGGAGGAAGAAACCUAACCCGAUCAGCCGAAGAGGCAAACUUGUGUAAAUAGUCAAUGUAAUUUCUAAUCACCGAAAUAGAACUGCGCAGAACCGUUUUGUAAAUAUAGUUCGUAAGAGGCAAGGUGAAGCGAAGAAGAGAAAAAAAAAACAAA